CAUGGUUUACCGACCGUACGUGCUCGCUCAUGCGCUGCUGCAAGUGAUCUGUGUCAGUCUGUGCUGCUACAAUGAAAAUAACGUGAAUGAAUGGUCGUUACAAUGAUGUAGCAACACUUGUGUAGCAACGUCAUCACUAAUUAAGAUGUGGCCAUUACUAGGUAUGGCGCUACGCAGGUAUGCAAUUGCCUUGACGCUUCCUAUAGCUGGAGUUGUCGGCCUCAUUGGAUAUCACAUCGAAGGCUGGAUUUCGGAUCGCUACACACCAGUGGCAGCACCGAUUACCCAACAGCGUCAAGAACGACUGCUCGAAAACCUUGAUUCAGCAACAUCAAAGAAACAUAAUCCAUUGGAGUUACAUGGUAAACGCAGAAAGGGGACGAUUUUUCAUUCGCUGUAUGAUUCCACACCUAUAAUACAUAUGUUCGGACGCAAGUAAUUGUUCUUUCCAGAUGAUGAAUGACAAUUAUAGCGAUAGAUUUGUUUGUGAGCAGUAGGGUGUUUCAGAAAAAACUUUUCUGUUUCAAAUCAAGCUCAAAAGUUUUGUUCAAUUAUAAAAAAAAGCCUGUUAAAAUCUGAACACAGAGUCCAAAAAUCAUGAAAUUUACCGUGAAUGCAAUUUUGACCUUGAAUAACUUUCAAACUUGUAGACUUAUUAAAAAACGAUUCCAGACCUUUGUUGUAGAGCGUUUAAUUCCCUACGAAAAUAUCUGUCGGUUAUGUCUGGACACUAAUUUAUUAGCGAGUGAUAAAAUUCAAAAGCGACGAAUAACAUUUUUUCCAUGUUAAUCACGACGGACAUGUAGAUAUGAAAAUAUUAACCAUAAGAUUUGAACAGGCGUUUUUUUUAGACUAAAACGAAACUUUUGAGUUUGUCUAGGAGAAAAGUUCUUUGAAGCACCCUGUUGAGUAGCCUGCAAUUACAGACAAUUACAUAUUUACUACCAUUAUAUGAAGUUCUCCAUAUUGCAAUAUAAUCAAACGGUUUCAGAGGAACUUCCGAUAUAUAUCAAAUUUGAAUAUAUUUUGGGUAUAGUUAUUGGUUUUGCACACCAAACUUGUAAAUCACAAUGUGCUCGUAUGUUUGACCAGGCCUCAAAAUGCUAUUUGGAAAAUUUGCCUGAAAAAAAAAUAAACAAACAAUGAACUGUGUGUAAUAGUAUACAUGAACCAGGGAACGCGUUAGUAAAUAAAUCCAGAUAUACUGA